AUGAAGUCCACCUGCCUGAUCGUUCUGGCAUCUCUGGCAGUCUGCAACCUGACCGUGGCUCGAGGACAGAGCAUCCCCGCUGAGGAGAAAACGGGAGACCGGCAGAUAGACGACAUCAUCCUACAAAGGGCCGAGAGCAUACUGCUCCGUUCCAUUCUAAAAAUGACAGAGGAUGAGGAUGGUGUGAAUGAGGCAUUGUCCUCUCAGCCAGAGUGGCUAGUGAAGCGGCAACACCCUGGUAAACGAGAGGAGGACGAGGACGAAGACUCUAGGGAGGUCCAGAAAAGACAGCACCCAGGAAAACGUGAAGACGAAAUUGACUCUUUUGUCGAGCUUCAGAAAAGGCAGCAUCCAGGCAAGCGCUCAAUGCUGGAGCAGAUUACAGAGAACUCCGCAUUUCUAAGUGAACUCUCCAAACGUCAGCACCCGGGCAAGCGCUACCUGAUGAUGUACAGCAAGCGCCAGCAUCCUGGCAGGCGAGAUGUGGACGACGAGUCAGACGCAGCGGACCUCCAGGAGUUGGAGAAGCGCCAGCAUCCCGGCAAACGUUACUGGGAUAACAUGAGCCCGGAUUUGGGCGCCAACAGUCCCUGUGACGUGCUGGACCCUGGCUGCAGUAAAGCCAACCUGUUGCUGGAGCUAUUAGACAACGCGGCGGAGAAGAGACAGCACCCGGGCAAAAGGUCCGCACCUGAGGAGGAUUUGACUGAUCAGGAGUGA